CAUAGGUGUCAGGCAGAAUAUGGCUCCCACCGUGAAGUCAGCAAAGAAAGUAUCCGUUUUCUUAGGAAAAUCAGUAUUUAGUCUUCUGGAGACUAUGAUUUUUACCUUAAUCCCGAAGCCACGGAAGAACGUUGCUGGUGAAAUCGUACUCAUAACAGGUGCUGGGAGUGGACUCGGAAGGCUCUUAGCCCUUAAAUUUGCCCGCCUUGGAGCUGUGCUUGUUCUCUGGGAUAUCAACAAGGAGGGGAAUGAGGAGACGUGCAACAUGGCUCGGGACGCCGGAGCCACAAGAGCCUAUGCCUAUACCUGUGACUGCAGUAGAAGGGAAGAGGUGUACCGAGUGGCCGAUCAGGUUAAAAAAGAAGUUGGUGACAUUUCCAUCCUAAUCAACAAUGCUGGCAUCGUCACAGGCAAAAGGUUCCUCGACUGCCCGGAUGAGCUUAUGGAAAAGGCUUUUGAUGUGAAUUUCAAAGCACAUUUGUGGACUUAUAAAGCCUUUCUACCUGCUAUGAUCGCUAAUGGGCAUGGACACUUGGUGUGCAUUUCAAGUUCAGCUGGAUUAUUUGGAGUAAAUGGGCUGGCAGAUUACUGUGCAAGUAAAUUUGCAGCCUAUGGAUUUGCUGAAUCUAUUUUUUUCGAACUAUAUGCCCAGAAAAUAAAGGGGAUCAAAACCACUAUUGUGUGCCCAUUUUUUAUAAAAACUGGAAUGUUUGAAGGUUGUACUACUGGCUGCCCUUCUCUGUUACCGAUUCUGGAACCAGAGUAUGUGGUCAGAAAGAUAGUAGAUGCUAUCCUGCAGGAAAACGUGUACUUGUGUAUUCCAAAGUUUAUAUACGUCCUGAUGUUUUUAAAAAGUAUCCUGCCCACCAAGUUGGUAAUGCUCAUAGGUGACUAUGUGGGUGCCUUCAAUUUUAUGGAUGGCUUCAUUGGAAAGAAAAAGAACUAAAGGCCAACUCUGUGGCUGAUGUCAUCUAAAACACAACAUUACAUACUGCUUAUUUCAAUGAAGGGAAGGAUUUUUGUCUGAUAGAAUAUAUCUGGAGACGGAAAGUACCAUUCGUGUUCUUCUAUCUGGACUGGAAUAUUCAGCCAAUACUUUUAAAAAUAAUGUUGCCAUCUGCUUUUUUGUUGAGUGCUUUUAUUUACGAUUAAUAAAAACAGCUCAUUUUUGUCAUCUCUGCUUGCAGAGGACGUGAGAGAGAGAGAGAACCCUCUCACAUGGUGAGUGUUUAGCGGGAGUGCCCUCUUUCCAGAGGACACACAAUUCUAGAUGUCCUGUCACCUUGCUCUUCACCUUAACCUUUUUGAACCUCUGUGUGCUCCCCGGUGUAGAAAAAGCCAGCCUCCCGUGUCCAUCUUUCCAAAGCAGCCACACAAAUGCUUGCUUCUCCAUGCCCCAGAUGCUCACAGAGUAAGUGCCAAUCCUGCUGGAGGUUCACUGGGGGCCGCUGUGGGAGAAUCUGACUGUCCAUUCCCUGAAAUCCCUGGUAGGCAGCGACCCUACAUCAAACUUUGAAUGGGACCACAUUUUUCUUCCUAAAAGAGGUCGAAGAGUGGGUGCUUCUCACUCUGAAAAGGACAUUCUACUGAGUUAGAGAAACUGCCACCUAUUAAUCCAGAAGACACACUCAUGUGGUUCGUUUCAUUUAGUAUUUCAGGUUGGGAUUCAUGCUGAGAUGUUUUUCCACAGGGUGGACUAUUUUAUGCAUUUGCACUCAUCAGUGCUGCCUUCAUUACAAUUUAAUCAACUGGCCAACUGCAUGCAUGCUUUGGAGAUUUCACCAUGAAAGGAAGAUUAAGCAAAAUGUGGUCAUUACCAUACCCUGGAACUCCUUCCCAGGCUGGACAGGGCACCUGCCUUGCAAGAAAAGCAGCAGCCUUUGUCUCUGACUUCCUUUUGUGUGGGGAACAGGAAAGGUUGAGCAGUACCUUGGGUCACCCUGUGAGAGCCCAAAGAAAAGAGUUUAAAUAUCUUGGGGGUAAGUUGCUCUUAGAGCAAUAGGGAUGUGGGGUCUGGAGUCCACUGUGGACUGGUUUAUCUUGAGCUGUCCGUAGGAUUCCAACAAUGCUGCUCCUGUAUUUCCUUUCCAUUCAGAAAGUCUUUUUUU